CGCGCGUGCCCGUGCAGGCCCCGCCCGCUCGCCGCACGGCGGCCACCACCGCCGCUCCGUGUCCGUGUCCCUGUCCGUGUCCGUGUCCCUGUCCCUCCGCCAGUCCCGGCUCGCUUGUGCCGAACGGUCGCGAUGGUGUUCCGGUGCCAGCGGGACAGCUGGGCCCGGCAGUUCACCACCAGGGUGGUGUCGUGCCGGGCGGCCGAGCUGCGGCCCGAGGGCGGCGGGGAGCCGGUGCACGGGUUCCAGGUGGUGCUGGAGGACACCAUCCUCUUCCCCGAGGGCGGCGGGCAGCCGGACGAUCGCGGCCUCAUCGGGGACGUGCCGGUGCUGCGGGUGACACGGCGGGGCGCCGAGGCCGUGCAUUUCGUGCCGGCCGCGCUGGAACCGGGCGCUGAAGUGCAGCUGUCGCUGGACUGGGAGCGCCGCUUCGACCACAUGCAGCAGCAUUCAGGACAGCAUCUCAUCAGUGCCAUUGCAGAACAGAUGUUUGGAUUCAAGACAACUUCAUGGGAGCUGGGCCGUCAGCGCGGUGUCAUUGAGCUGGACACCCCCGUGGUGACAGCAGAGCAGGUCCAGGCCCUGGAGGAGAGCGUGAACGAGAAAAUCCGGGACAGGGUCCCUGUAACAGUGAGGGAACUGGCUGCAGAUGACCCUGAAGUUGAAACAGUGAGGAGCCGGGGGCUGCCCGAUGACCACGCGGGGCCAGUGCGGGUGGUGGACAUCAAAGGCAUCGACUCCAACCUGUGCUGUGGGACUCACGUGUCCAACCUGAGUGACCUCCAGGUUAUUAAACUCCUUGGCGUGGAAAAAGGGAAAAAGAACAAAACCAACUUGGUUUUCCUGGUGGGAAACAGAGUGCUGAAGUCAAUUGAACAAAGUCACAGUACUGAGAAGGCUCUAACCUCCCUGCUCAAAAAUGGACCAGGUGAGCACGUGGAGGCUGUGAAGAGACUGCAGAGCUCUGUGAAGCUGCUCCAGAAGAAUAACCUGAACCUGCUCAGAGACAUUGCUGUUUUGAUAGCUCGGGACUUCAAGAGCAAACCUGCUCCAAAGCAGCUCUUUGUAUUGCACAGGAAAGAGGGUGAUUCUGAAUUUAUGAACAUCAUCGCUAAUGAGAUUGGGACAGAGGAAACCCUGCUAUUCCUGACUGUGGGAGAUGAAAAAGAAGCAGGACUCUUCCUUCUAGCUGGACCUGUUGAAGCAGUUGAAAAUUUAGGUCCCAGGGUGGCAGAACUGCUGGGAGGGAAAGGAGCUGGGAAGCGCGGCCGCUUCCAGGGCAAGGCAGCCAAGAUGAGCCGGCGAGGAGAAGUGCAAGCUCUGCUCCAGGAAUUCAUUAGCCAUCAAAACCCUGGAGCAUAAGAAACAAUUCUCAAAGUAGGUUUGUCUUAUAUUUGUUUGCAUAGGCUCCACUAGCUCCUCUACCAGAGAAUAAAGACCUGAACCCAA